GGCUUCAACUCGUUCGGGCAGUGCGAUAUCCCGGCGCUCGCCGGGGAGCUGAAUCUACACGCAGGUUGCCGCGGGAGGGCACCACACGGUCCUGCUCCGCAGCGAUGGCGAGGUAGUGGCCUGCGGCCACAACGACCGGGGCCAGUGCGACAUCCCCGCGCUCGCCAGAGGGCUAACCAACACGCAGGUCGCUGCUGGAUUGGCCCACACGGUGCUGCUCAGAAGCGACGGAUCCGCCACGGCCUGCGGCGGCAACGCCUUCGGCCAGUGCGACCUCCCUGCGCCGGCUGGAGGGACGGCCUACACGCAGGUUGCGGCGGGACGGACCCACACGGUUCUGCUGAGGAGCGACGGCAUGGCGGUAGCUUGCGGCCACAGCGGUGCGGGCCAGUGCGAGGUUCCCGCACUGGCGGCAGGCCAGACCUACACGCAGGCAGCAGCGGGAGGGCACCACACAGUUCUGCUCAGGAGCGAUGGUUCGGCCGUGGCUUGCGGCUCCGAAGGCGAGGGCCAGUGCGACCUCCCCGAGCUGGUUGGAGGGCUGACCUACACGAAGGUUGCAGCUGGAGGGGACCACACAGUUCUGCUCAGGAGCGACGGCUCGGCGGUGGUCUGUGGCUACAAUCCUUUCGGCCAGUGCGACCUUCCAGCGCUGCCUGACGGGCUGACUUACACGCAGGUUGCGGCAGGAUGGGCCCACACAGUUCUGAUCAGGAGCGACGGAGCCGCUGUGGCCUGCGGCCGUAAUAACUGGGGCCAGUGCGACCUCCCGGUGUUGGCGGAGGGCUUCAGAUAUGAAGCGAGCCUGAUGCCGCAGCUGUUCCUGCAGGGGACGCUCGUGGGCGACUCGAUGUGCUUCGUGACCUUCGGCGGGGUGGAGCGCUGCAGAAUCAGGGUGGCGCCGACCUCUCGCCUAGCAGACGUGCGCGCCCGGCUGACAGCGGACCACCGAUCGGGCAGCUUCGGCUCCGGCUUUGCACGGGUGGACGCGGUCCUGCCGGGGCGGAUGCUGCUGAGCCGCGCGUCGAGCGAGGACACCGUGGCCGACGCCUUCGCGGGCGCCCCCGGGACGCUCUGACGCCGCGGGGGCGCGAGAGCGCUUCCAGGCCCUGCCCCCCUGCGAAAAGUGUGGGCGGCCCGUGGGCCGCCACGGGAGGCCGCACGCCUCCGGAGCAGGAGGCACUGCGAGAGGGGAGGGCGGUGCCGACGGGGGAGAAA